GCCCUCCCCGUCUCCUGCGCUGUCACUCAGCAUCGCCGAGCCGCUGCGGUCCGAGCGCGGAGCGGCGCCGGUUUCGGGGCUUCGGCUGCCGUCGGACCGUGUCGGAGGAGUGUGUGCCCGGGGUUGUGAGGAGAAGCCGGCGCCGCCAGCGGCUGAUGGCCGCGGUGUACCGCGCCUUCGGGGCUGACGCACGCCGCAUGGAGCCGGCGCGCCGUUGAGCCGAGCCGAGCCGAGCCGAGCCGAGCCGCGGAGUCGGGAAUGGGUACCUCCGCUUCAUCCAUCGCCGCGGACACGGAGGCACGGGCCGGCCUCUCGGCCUCGGCGCCCCCGCUCUGGGCGCCCGCUGCCCUGAGCGCCCGCAGCCGCCAGCUCCAGCUGCCGAGGAGCCGCAGUAGAUAUGCAGAGUCAGGGACACUGCAAUUCACUUCCAUAGAGCGACCCGUUGUCUCUGUAGGCAGGACAGCUGCCUUUCACACAGCAAGCCCCUCCCAGGAGCCCGGUGCCAUGGCAACAACGAGUGAGUGGCCGUGUACCCGCUGCACUUUCCUGAACCCCAGCAUGCUGCGGCAGUGUUCCAUCUGUGAGGCGCCGCGGGAGAGGCCGGACUUCAGCGACAUUCUCCGUCUCAGCACUGAGGAGCCGCAGUGGGCCUGCUCCCGCUGCACCUUAAGGAAUUCUGUCAACAAGAGCCAGUGCGACGUCUGUGGUUCCUUGCAGGCCCACACUCCCCUCUCGCCUCCCGCGGCCCCGCCUAAUGGGCACCCCAAGGGCCUGCCAGCAGCAGUGGAACACCGUGGCCUCCCCUGCCCGCAGGACGCCGCCGGGAGACUGGUCAAUGGCGAUGCCCGCGGUGGCUGCAGCGAAGGGGCCGCGCCGGACGCCUCCAAAGCCUGGGCCUGCCAGCGCUGUACUCUUCACAACACGCCCUCGGCGAACUCGUGCUCGGCCUGCGGAGGGCCCCGCAAGCUCUCUCUGCCCAAGAUCCCACCCGAAGCCCUGGUGGUGCCUGAGGUGGUGACCCCGGUGGGCUUCCAGCUGCCGUCAGGCCCGGUGAUGGCAGGGCAGCUCGGCGAACUGAUGGAGUCCGACGUGUCCCCCGUUCGCAGCACGGAUGCCGAGAGCCCGUGCUCGCCGGUCAUCAGCCCACUCUCUCCGCUGAUCCAAAAUAACCCGGUGCCGCGAAGCCGCAGGGAGGUGCCGCCCGCUGCCAAAUUCCAGCCUCCCGCUCCGGAGCCCCCUGCCAGCAGCUCGCCUACCUCCAGCCCCCCUGUACCAGUGGCCAGGGGAGUUCCCCAGGGACAAGUGAAACCUGCUGCAAAACUCCAGGAACUGUUUUGCCCCAAGCGGCUGAGUGUUUUGGACGAGGAGAUGGAGGUGGCGCCCAGUCAGUGGAAGUGUACGUCGUGCUCCCAGGCUAAUUCCGCAGCUGUGCCGAAAUGUGAAGCCUGCAGGACCGCCAAAGGUGGAGACGUCAUAGACCUAACGGGGGACUCAGUGCGCUUCACUCCCUUCACUCCCUCCAGUCCCGACUUCACCACCUGGACUUGCUCAAAGUGCACUCUGAAAAACCCCACUGCUGUCCAGAAAUGCACUGCCUGUUGUACCUCGAAGCUGCACGGUUUCCAAGACCAUGGCCUCGCGGAGCGAGGGCCGCGGUGCCCGGACUGUAACAUGGAGAGGGGCUCGAGCGGCACAGCCUGCGCCUCGUGUGGGGGCAGGGCCCCGGCCAUGCGGAAGCCCAUCAAACUCUUUCCAGUGCUGCCGCCCUCCUCCCGGGAGAAGUCCAACGAGUGGUCCUGUCCCGCCUGCACUCUCCUCAAUGACCUGAAGGCAAAGCACUGUGCAGCCUGCCACACCCCACAGCAGUACCUCACGCUGAGGAAGGGCUCAAAGCCAUUGAAGAGGAGAGAGAGUAUCCUGGUGGAAGCAAGGAGAAAGACGGACGAAGGCGAGGCCAAAGAGUUGUGGGAGAACAUCGUGAAGUUCUGCCAGGAGAACAAUGUGAAUUUUGUGGAUGACAGCUUCCCUCCAGGCCCACAAUCUGUCGGCUUCCCUGAGGGGGACAGUGUCCAGCAGCGGGUGAAGCAGUGGCUGCGGCCCCAUGAAAUCAGCUGCAACACUUUCAAAGAUCGGAACGUCAAAUGGUCCAUCUUCAGGACUCCGCGUCCUUCCGAUAUCUCCCAGGGACUGCUGGGAAAUUGCUGGUUUCUGAGUGCCCUCGCUGUGCUUGCUGAACGACCGGAACUCGUGGAGAGGGUGAUGAUCACUCGGACCAUCUGCCUGGAGGGUGCCUACCAGGUGCGGCUCUGCAAGGAUGGGACCUGGAUCACCGUGCUAGUGGACGACAUGUUACCCUGCGACGAAUACGGAUACCUUCUCUUCUCUCAGGCCCAGAGGAAGCAGCUUUGGGUGGCUCUGAUCGAGAAGGCUCUGGCGAAGUUACACGGCUCCUACUUCGCUCUGCAGGCUGGGAGGGCCAUCGAAGGACUUUCCACCCUCACCGGUGCCCCCUGUGAAAGUCUGAUGCUGCAAGUCAGUUCGACGAACCCACGUGAGGAGCCCAUCGACACGGACCUCAUCUGGGCCAAAAUGCUGAGCUCGAAGGAAGCUGGCUUUUUGAUGGGGGCGUCUUGUGGAGGUGGGAACAUGAAAGUUGAUGACACGACGUACGAGACGAUGGGUCUGAGGCCUCGGCACGCUUACUCCAUUCUUGAUGUCCGAGAUGUACAGGGAUACAGGUUGCUGAGGUUGCGGAACCCUUGGGGCCGUUUCUCAUGGAGUGGGAGCUGGUCAGAUGACUGGCCGCACUGGCCGCAGCACCUGCGGCACGAGUUGAUGGCGCACGGGAGCAGCGAGGGCGUGUUCUGGAUUGAAUACUCAGAUUUCAUCAAGUACUUUGAUUCUGUGGACAUUUGUAAAAUUAACUCUGACUGGCACGAGGUGCGACUGUCGGGCUCGUUCCCGAACCGGACAAAUGGGCCGAUAACUGUGACCACACUGACCGUAUUGGAGCGCACUUUCCUCGAGUUCCAGCUGUUUCAGGAGGGGAGCAGGCGAUCGGACACAUCUGACAGUCACCUGCUGGACCUGUGUAUCAUGGUUUUCCGAGCAUCGUUCUCCACCGGCAACUGGCUCAACCUGGGCAGGCUGAUGGCGCACAGCAAGAGGGCGGUGAAGAAGUUUGUGGGCUGCGAUGUGAUGCUGGAGCCCGGCGAAUAUGCCGUCGUCUGCUGUGCUUUCAACCACUGGCAGAUGUCCAUGCCUUCACCUUCGCUGUCCCCGGCCGCAGCAGUUUCAAGUCCCACCAGCAGUGGGCGAAGUUUACCUGAGUUUCCUGGACACAUCCUGGCUGUCUACAGCUACAAACCUGUGAUGGUAGAACAGGUGAAUUCCCAGCCGACGACUCUGGCCGACGCAGUGAUCCUGCUGACUGAACACAAGGGAGAGAGGCACGAGGGUCGCGAGGGCAUGACCUGUUACUACCUAACCCAUGGCUGGGCUGGCCUCAUCGUGGUGGUGGAGAAUCGUCACGAUAAAUACUACCUCCACGUGUCGUGCGACUGCUCAGACAGCUUCAACGUGGUGUCGACGCGCAGCAGCUUGAAGACGACAGACAGCGUGCCGCCUUUGCACAGGCAGGUGUUGGUGGUGCUCUCGCAGCUGGAAGGCAACGCUGGCUUCUCCAUCACCCACCGGCUGGCUCACCGCAAAGCAGUGCAGCCCUCGUUGGGCGAAUGGUCCUCGACCAGGGCAACACACAGCCCCCCGCUCACGCCUGAUGUCUCUGGCCUGCACUGCCCCCGGCCCUUGUGACGACACCUGCUCCCCACCGUUGUAUCUAACCCCUGCCCAGUGUGGGAGACAGAUACCACAUCCACUCCAAUUUCUAAUCCAGGAAGGGGAAUCCCGACUCCGGCUGCUCGCUUUGCCCUGGGGGACGUGGUGGGGAGGGGGGUCCAGAAUUUCCUCUCUGCCCAUGCCCCAUUCCUCCACUCCUCUGGGAUAUGUCCCAGGACACCAACACCUGACUUGGAGAGGGAGAGCAAAGCCAAGCUCUCUCACAGCCAUUUCACCAACAGCCGGUCUCCACCUGAGACCCCGGUCCCAGUGGUGGGGUCCCUAAACCUUGUCUGGGGCCCUAUCACCACCCCAUGACUCAAAACUCAAAUCUCCCUCCACCCAGGAUCCUGGGAUUCCCUGUCCCAGAUCCCUCUCUGCCCUUCAAUCACCCACUUCCCUGGAUCACACCCUCCCCGGGUCCCUCUCCCACUUCCAGGAUCCCUGGGUCCCAUCCUUUUCACUCCCAGCCCACCACUUUGAUCGUCAUCUCCAUUGCCAUUGCCAUGGUGACGGGGUGAAUCUCUCCCGGCCUAGCUGCACUGAGAGCCUCAGGAAUCCCUGCUCGCCAGCUUCCCUCCCAGACGUGAAAACCCAGCUCCCUCCCACGCACCCCCACCUCCCCAAGCAUGCCUCGUAGACUUGCUUUCAGAUUUUGACCACCCGCCCUCCCAUCAUCACCCCACCAAGGUGCCUCUGAACACACACAGCCAGAGUGGUGAUCAUCCUUAAUCAUAAACCUGGACUCUCUCUCCCACUUAAGAAUUGAUAGUCUUUGGGAACAUUUUCAUAAAAUUCCAAGUUUCUGACACAUCUGCCCUGUGACAGCUACUCAUUCCUGUCCUCUCCUCAAACUCUGCACUACAAUCACAGACCCCAGCCAGCCACAAUCUGCUUGCCGUGAGAUUCUACAUGAUUAGCGUGGUCACUCUGUGAGUUUCUACCUGGUUAACGUGGUCGCUCUGAGUUUCUACCUGGUUAAUGUGGUCGCUCUGUGAGUUUCUACGUGGUUAAUGGUUGCUCUGUGAGUUUCUACGUGGUUAACGCGGUCACUCUGUGAGUUUCUACGUGGUUAACAUGGUCGCACUGUGAGUUUCUACGUGGUUAACAUGGUCGCUCUAUGUGUUUCUACCUGGUUAACGUGGUCGCUCUGUGAGUUUCUACCUGGUUAACGUGGUCGCUCUAUGAGUUUCUACCUGGUUAACGUGGUCGCUCUGUGAGUUUCUACGUGGUUAAUGGUCGCUCUGUGAGUUUCUACGUGGUUAACGCGGUCACUCUGUGAGUUUCUACCUGGUUAAUGCGGUCGCUCUGUGAGUUUCUACCUGGUUAACGCGGUCGCUCUGUGAGUUUCUACGUGGUUAACACGGUCGCUCUGUGAGUUUCUACCUGGUUAACACGGUCGCUCUGUGAGUUUCUACCUGGUUAACACGGUCGCUCUGUGAGUUUCUACCUGGUUAACAUGGUCGCUCUGUGAGUUUCUACCUGGUUAAUGUGGUCACUCUGUGAGUUUCUACGUGGUUAACACGGUCGCUCUGUGAGUUUCUACCUGGUUAACGUGGUCACUCUGUGAGUUUCUACGUGGUUAACACGGUCGCUCUUUGGGUUUCUGCCUGGUUAACGUGGUCACUCUGUGAGUUUCUAUGGGUUAACGUGGUCACUCUGUGAGUUUCUACGUGGUUAACACGGUCAGCAUCUAUGUGAAACUCACUGCUACAGCCAUGAUAUUAAAUUGGGGAGGUUUCCGAAGAGCUGUGGGUUUGUCCUGAUGCUCCAACGUCAGUGAAAGGCUCAGAUACAAAUCCCACCUCCCCUUGGGUUUCCUGAUUUAGAACAGUUAUAUCCAGAUGAAGGAGCUUGAUGAAAAACAUUUGGUAGAAAACAUUUUGGCACAGUAGAACAGUACAGAGCCUUCAACCCACAGCUUUGUCUCAAUCUUUCAACCUACUUUAUGAUCAAUAUAACCCCUCUCUCUCUCACAUAGUCCUUCAUUAAUCUAGCAUCUAAAUAUCCCAAAUGUACCUGCCUCUACCACCACCCCUGGCAGGGCGUUGCGCACACCCACCACUCUCUGUGUAAAAAACCUACCUCUGACAUCCCUCCUCCAAUCUCCUUAAAGUUAUGCCCCUUUGUAUUAGCCCUUCCCAUGGUCUCUGGCUGUCUACUCGAUCUAUGCAUCUUGUAAGCCUCUAUCAAAUCUCCUCUCAUCUUCCUGCACUCCAAAGAGAAAAAACCCUCGCUUGCUCAACCCACCCUCAUAUGACAUGCUCUCUAAUCCAGGCAGCAACCUGGUUGAACUCCCCUGCACCCUCUCUAAAGCUUUCACAUCCUUCCUAUAGUGAGACGAAUAAUGCUCAUCGGACUAAAGCAUAAAGAAAAACACAACUUGAAUAUGGCUGCCUCUGGUGUGUGAAGACAGGCUCAGGUACGAGGCUAGUCAGGAACGUUACUGGGUUCGGGUUUGGUGUUAGCUAAGGUGCACACUUUGUAACUCACGAUGUUCUGCAGUCAAUCCUCGAGUUGGUGCUUGUUAUUGGUGCAACUGGGUGUUACUGGAUUUCUACAGCUAUAGCAAAUCUCUGAGUCCUGAACAAUGUCAAUACACCCACAGUCUCCCCCCGAUCUAACACGUAAUGUAAACGCACAUUUAGUCUGAAUCUGCCUUUAAUGUGUUUGUUGCUAUUUCCGACAAGCUGCUGAGCCAUAUCUGAUUCUGUCUGAGUGGCAUUCACAGUCUCCCCCUGUAACCGUGUGGGUUAUCCUGGAGGGCUCUGGUUUCCUCGCCCCUGGGCAAAGGCCAGCGGCUACAGUUCGUCCGAGUCCUCUGACCUGGGCAGUCUUUCCAGUUGUCCCCAGGUUUAGCCCAUCUUCUUGGUUUCCUCUCACAUCUCAAAGAUGUGUGGGGGCAUUGACUUAGUAAGGUGCCUCUCCUGUGUGAAUAGGGGUAGGAUUUGGGGGAAAGAUUAAAGUUUAGCUUUAUCUGUCACGUGUACAGGGAAAUGUGUCGUUUGCAUCAACAACCAACGCAGUUUGACGCUGUGCUGGGGGCAGCUCAAGGGUGCCCACAACUCACUAACCCUAACCCAUACGUCUUUGGACGGUGGGAGGAAACCAGAGCACCCGGAGGAAAUCCACACAGUCAUGGGAAAAUGCACAAACUCCGUAAAGGCUGCAGCAGGAAUUGAACCCCGAUCAUCGUUCUCUGGCACUGUGAAGCAAUACACAGCCCACUGUGCUACCACACCCGAGAACAGGUUACAGAGAUUGCUCUGUGAGUCAGCAUAGACUGGAUGGUUUUCCAAUGGGAAUGGAUUAAAUUACGGCGAGCAUAGUUCUGUAAACGAUUCUUUAUCAAGAAGUUGGGGCAGAUGUACAGUACCUUUCUGUCUGCCCAUUGUAACUAAAGAUUGGGCUGAGAUAACCACAGGGGUGAUUUUGGUUUGCAGUAGAAAGGAAUCCCCAAGAGCACAGGUAAAGUCGGCAGUCAGCUGAGCCCUCGCUACUGUGGCCACGGUUACAAAUCUGAUCUAGUAACUUGUUGUGGAUUGUUCACAGGAACUUUACCGAUUGUUUGAGGUUGGGAGAUUGUUUCUGUGGUAAGUCAGCCCAGAAUACACAGAGUGGUUCUAACACUGGACCCCUUCUCCCUCAACCCACUGCCUGUCUACGACACACAGCAGGACAGAGGAUUACGUCCCAGCAAACCGAGAUGUCCGAAAUCUCCUACCAAGCCGCCUGUCCCCACCCUGUCACUGCUGCCGCCGGUCAUUCCUUCUCAUGUAGUUCGUCCUCUGGCCAAGCACCACCUCCUGUUCCCCGUCCCCACCCACUGUCCGUCCUGUCAGUGCAGCCUCAGGUGAGCUGAAUCUGAACCAGCCAACUCUCAACCCUGUGACUGGAAAACGACAACACCAAGAGUUUUAUCAAUUUUAGAGUCUAUAUAUAUAUUAAAAAAUAUAUAAAUAUAUAUAUAUGUAUCAUGUAGUUUCAAAAAUCUCAGGUUCCAAUGGACCAAAUAAAUUUUGUUUUAUAAUGA